AUGUUGUCAAUGUUGAAUGACGAUGGGCCAGCAAAGCUAUCCAUCAAUUUUAAAGCGGCGGAUGCGACUGCGUCAAAGCAGCAUCGAACCUUGAAGGAGGGUGUCAUUGAAGCCAGGGGGCCGGGGAAACUGGGUCGCCCACGCCCGUCUGGGGGCAAGGCCAGCAUCAAAAUCAAGGACCACAAGUGGAACGAGAAGGCGUUGGAGGGAACAAGGCUUUCCCAUUCACUGCCAGACGGCCUGACUAACCGCAACCACUACACACGCACCAAUGACGAAGCGUUGUGGGAGGAGAAAACGGGGUUGAGCGGAGGUUGUCGGCUGUGGAGACCCGCUUGGGCGGCACAUGGCUCCCGGCUCUCGGUUGUAGCAGCGGGCACGGCAUUGCCAUCCUUACCAUCCCCCGUGUUUGCUUGUGGGUGGCAGGGUGGCUUGAAGAGGCACCUCGGGGAUAAGUUCCCGAGUUGUCCCCGGACUCAUCCCAGCAGCCCUAUUCCCUAUUGUAUUUUCACACGCCCUACCAAGUACAAAGUAUAG